GGAAAACACGCAAAUAAAUGCACCUCAUUGACUAUUAAAUUAGUAAUGCAUUAAUUAAGUAAUUAAUCACAUCUAACUAUAUAUAUAAAUCCCACCCUUCUCCAUCUUAUCAUCACAGUCCAAAUUCUCUCUCCCUCUCUUCUUUCUCUCUAUCUCUUAUCAUUUAUCUCUCUCUAACGGCGAGGCAAUGGGUUUUCCGGUGGGAUAUUCCGAGCUCCUUCUCCCAAAAAUCUUCCUUUACUUGCUCUCUUUCUUAGGUUUGAUACGUAAACUCAUCUCCACAAUGUUCAAGGUCAUUGGUCUACCUGAUUUCUUAGAACCUGAACCGGUUUCAACCUCAUGGCCCGACCCACCACCCACGUUGACCAAACCCGAGUCUGCAGCGAUACUAGCCGGUGAGAUGUUACCGGUUGUUAGAUUCUCGGAUCUAAACCGACCCGAAUCCGAAUGUUGUGCAGUGUGUCUAUACGAUUUCGAGAAAGACGACGAGAUCCGACGGCUGACGAAUUGUACACAUAUAUUCCAUCGGGGAUGUUUGGACCGUUGGAUGAUGGGUUAUAAUCAGAUGACGUGUCCACUUUGUCGUACGCAGUUUAUACCUGAUCAUCUGCAACUGGAGUUUAAUCAAAGACUUUGGUCUGAAUCUUCUGGAGCUCCUCAACUUCUUGAUGAAUCAUCAUCUAAUUAGGACAUAGUUUUUUCUUCCUUUUCUCUUGAAAGGGAAUUUAUAUAAUUAAUUAAAUCUUUUUUGUACUUUCUUUGGGAAUUGGGUUUGGUUCGAGAUGGAUGUAAAUAUAAAAAAAUAGUUAGUGGUUACAGGUUAGUGAAAAAGAAAGAAGAAGAAAAUUUGUACUUAUCCAUCCCUGAAAACGAAGUGUAAUCCCCUAUAUAUUAA